UUUUGAAGAUCACUCGUUGCGAAGCGGACGCCCAGCAAAGCGGAAAGAGAAAGCUAAAAUAUUAUUCAAAAUAAUAAAAAAAAAACCUUACCAACUCGAACUCCAUUCCGAACUCUGUAAUUUACCACAUUUGUGUACUUAAGACGUGAAUAAAUACAGAAAUCGAGCAAACAAAGCUGGUCGUCCACACAAAACAAAGUUACACUUCCCAUCGUAUAACCCAAUAUCAAUGUCAAGCGAUCGUGAAAACACUCGAUCGUUCCAAAUCCGGGGUCAGAAGCUCUCCGGCUGAUUAACACUCCGCAUCUCCGCAUUCGCCGAUCGAAAUAAAUAAACAAAAACAGGCAGCAAACACACAAAUACGGCAAAUACUACAAAUACGAGCUAUAAGCUAAGAAAUUAACAGAAACGCGCGGAAUAUAGAAAAACACGUUUCCACAAAAAAGGUGCUCGCACAACAACAAAUUAACCAAAUAACAAAUAACACAAAUUGCUGUCGUUUUUCGUUAUUUGUUAUUGAAAACACGCGCACACGCAUUCGAAAUAAAAGGCCCUGAUUCUGGCCAUUACCAAAUAUGUCCAAAAGCUGAGCUUGAAUCGAGAUCGCGGCGGCGUUUGUCGACUUGAGCUUGUAACCCGAGCAGCCGUGACCGCAGAGAAGUCACCUCAAAGAUACUAGAUACAGAUAUUACAACACAAAACGCCAUGGAGCGUUCGCACAGCUGUAGCAAUUUCGAGGGCCGAACGGGGGGAGGGGGAGUCAAGGUCAUCGAUGGCUGCGCCGAGCAGUUGACGCGCGGCAGCAGCGAUCACCUGCCCAGCGCCCACUUUCCGCCCAACAAGCCGCUGCGCAGGCGCAGAAAACUCCAGCGACAGCAGUCGGCGGUGGAUGUGGAUGACAUGGAAUAUGCCGCCGAUCUGGAGGAGAAUGCCGAUCCGGAUGUGGAGAAUAUAAGGCCAGCGGUGGCCCUGCCCUUGCGACACAUUAUAUCAUCAUCUUCCUCCAGUUCCCGCUGCCUGCGCCACGAAGAAUCCUUCGAGUCCUCGAGCACAGCUCCCGAAUUGAGUCCCCAGGCUCAGAGGCAGCAGCGAUUUAGUAGUUUACUCCUGCGAGACAGCUCUGUAUCCGUACAAUCCGAUUCGAGUCGGUACUCCAGUGUGGACAGCUUGCUGGAGGCCCGCAAACCCGAUCCCGAGGCCAUACUCAUCAACCUGGGCUUCGGACCCCUCAGCUCCGAGGAUAUGCUGUCCCGGAUACCGCGCAGAUUCCUGAAGCCAUCCCAAGUUCCCGGCAUCGAUACCGAUGCCUUUGUGCAAAGACUGACUUUGGCCCGAUCGCUGGCCGACUCGAGUGUCCUCGGAUAUAGGGGUCUUACGGGGAAUCCCGACAUGCCGCCCUCGUCCAUUGUGGCCAGCAUUAUGAAGCGCUUCGAGGUCAACCAUCAUCGCAAGAACUCCAUGGGCUCCAUCAAGCCCACCAUACAAUAAGUCAGCCAUAGUCCAUAGGUUAAAUCAGCCGAAUUGAGGACAUUUUCGUAACGUUAGUUGUUGCCAAGUUGCCCUGUGAUCGUCUUGUCUUGUCCAUUAGUCCACUUAAGUGCCGCGUACUUAGCUGUGUAUCUGUAUUAUUGUACCAAUACAUUAAUUAUUAAUUUUUUAAGUAUGAAUUAAAGAUGAUAUUUUAUGUUAA